ACCAGCUGCACCGCAAACACUCUAGUCGGCGCUGUUGAUCGAGCAAGAUGAAACUUACGUUCUGGACGCUGCUGUUGCUGUCCUUCCAAGCCGCGAUCGCCACCACACUCUCGGUCCGGAAUCACACCUGUGUGCCGUCCGGUUACACCAAGAUUUGCAUCCUCGACAGCCUUCACUACAAUCCGAAUGAACCGUCGAAGGUGAUCCACAAUUUUCCCACGAAUCGGUCCCACAUCAGGAUCGUGACUCGCCCUUCUGGAUAUAGCAGGGAUGUCCUAAUUAUGAAUGCCAAAUUGUACGCCCUGCUUGGCCAACCUGAGACCUUGGAAGUGAUCGAACAUGCCGUGUGGAGUCUGCAAAUACCGCGAGCACUCAAGCGAGGAAGUUUCCGCAUUCCUACGUCAGAAAUCUCACCGUGGAACCAGGCACGGAAUCCCCAGCGCUAGCCUACUUAGA